AUGCUCCCGGGCGGACAGAGCCGGGGUGCAGCUGGGAGCUGCCGCGCCUCGGUCGAGGAGGCGCUGGGAGUCAGGGCUCUGCCUGCUGUGACACGGGGCACUGUUCGAAGGAUCAUUAUCGAGAAUCCUGAUCAGGAGAAGCAGUAUCAGUUUUCUCACCAGUGUCAGAUUCCCCAGCAAGGCGAUCAGUGCCACGUUGUCCAGCCCUGCCAGCACUCCGAGCAGUCCCAGGUCACGCACCAGUGCCAGCAGACACAGACCAGUAGCCCCUGUGAAAUAAUUCCAGUCACUGUGAGCGAUGACUGCAGAGGAAAUACAGUGAGGAGGGUAACAGUUCAAACCUGUGAGCCGGUGCACUGCUCCCAGGAAAACAACGACCAGCUGGACUGCCGCUUCUUCGGAAAGCUGCUGGUCAGCAACGCCGCGCACUGCCAGAAGCGAACACCGCCUCUCGCGGCCAGGAGGAGCGCAAGCUGGCCAGCAGGCUUCCUGCGCCUGCAGAAGGCUCGCUGUCGUGAAUCGGGCUGCGACAGAAUCGGCAGCACCUCUCUUAUUUUUGAAGGCAUUACUGAAGAUAUUGAAGAUUUAAUUCCUAAAGGACUGUCUGAGGCAACGAAACAGCAGAUUCGUUAUCUCCUCCAGAUGAGAGUGACGUCGGAUAAAUCUUUGAGACUUGUGCUUUCCACUUUCAAAAAUCUACGUGACGAGCUUUGCCAUUUGCAGGAUGACUUGGGGAAGUUAGAAACGGACAGUGUCUGUCUUAAGAAGGAUUUGGCUUUUAAAGAUUCUCAAGUAAAAGAAUAUGAAAGUAUGUUGGCUUCUCUGAGAGAGAACAAUCGUCAGCAGCAGCAAGGACUCCGAGAGAGUACUGCGAAAUGUCGCGCUCUGGAAGAACAGCUCCUCUCUCUCCGGCUCAGCGAGGGAGAGAAGGAUUGUCAGCUGAAGGAACUGGAGUACUGCAAGAGGGCCUUGGAGCAAGAGAUCCAGAGCCUCAGACUGCAGACCUGCUCUAACCCAACACUACAGACCACCACAGAUGAACUCUCCAGCCGUUACGUAGAGAUGAUCAAUAACUUGAGAGAGGAUAAAGAUCGUGAGAUCCGCAGCCUUAGGUCUCAGUUAUGCCAAUUCCAGCAAGAUAUAUCGAGGAGAGACGGAAGUAACAAUGACUUGCAAAUAAGGUUGCAAGAACUGAUGUCGAUGCUGGAGGAGAAAGAUGCCUUUAUUAAACAACAGCAAGAGGACCUGUUCCGAUUGAAGCAUGAGAAAUUAUCAGGCAGUCAGUCCCCUGGUGUAACAUCGAUCAUCACAAAGAAGUACAGGAACCAGUACCCGAUUCUGGGUCUCCUGUCUGAUGACUACAAGGUUACAUCACCUGUCAAUAGAUCUCAGACUAUUGUAAUUGAGAGGACUGGAGAGAUAUGGAAACAGAGAAACUUGCUAAGUUUGAGAGGUGCCAAUUUCACCUGGACUCCAGGCUUCCCAAGUACCUUCUCUGUGCUCACGUACCGCCAGGCACAUCCCGAUACCUGCGUCCGUUACCGAACAGCGUGGGGUUUAUACCGAGAGCGGGCAGCCUGUACAGGAAUAAAAGAAAUCCCUAAGCCAUCAGAGCUGCUCAAAGGCGUUCACAACGACUAA